CCCUUUUCAAACCCAUCAGCUCUCACAAAUCGCCUUCCCUCUGCUGAUGGGUAUCAGCCCGCUGCGAACUCACGGCUCCCGGGGCGGUCCCGAGCGUGAGGUAAAACCCGGGCUUUGUCUGGGCGCAACAACAACAAAAAGCACAGCGAGCCCCGAAACCCCCACCCGCAUCCACCACCUCUUCCCUAUUCCCGUAUUUAUUACACGAAGCACUCAGAAAGGGGCGAGCGCGGGCUCCGAAGCCAGCUUUGGGCGGCGGCACACCCCACGCCCGGGCGGCGGCGCUGCCCGGCCGCCAUUUCGGAGCCCCCCCCGCGCACGCAGGCAGCGGAACCCGCCCGCCGCUGGGGCGCGGAGGCCAUCUUGUGGCCGGGCCGGGCGGAGCCGUCGCCUAGCAACGGCGGCGCAGCGGGAAGUACAAAAGAAGCAUUUGAGUUCUGACGUAGAAGCGAAGAUGCAGAUGUUAAUGCCUGAACCUCAGAUUUUUGUGGAAAGAACUCUGGCCCUCAUCAAACCAGAUGUCGUUGAUAAAGAGGAAGAAAUAGAGGAUGUCAUUCUCAGAUCAGGAUUUUUGAUCAUUCAGAAACGGAAGCUCCAGUUAAGCCCAGAGCAAUGUAGCAACUUUUAUGCAGAACAAUAUGGAAAAAUGUUUUUUCCUAAUUUAACAGCCUAUAUGAGCUCUGGACCUUUAGUUGCUAUGGUUCUUGCCAGACAUUGUGCAGUCUCGUACUGGAAGGAAUUGCUUGGACCAUCAAACAGCAUAAAAGCUAGGAGGACUCACCCUCACAGUUUAAGAGCAAUCUAUGGGACCGAUGAUCUGAGGAAUGCGCUUCAUGGCAGUCUCAACAUUUUCUCAGCAGAAAGAGAAAUUCGAUUCAUGUUUCCAGAAGUGAUCUUGGAGCCAGUUCCAGCUGGGCAGAGAGCUAGGGAUUACUUGAACCUUUGUGUAAAUCCUACCUUACUAGCAGGGCUCACUGCACUUUGUAAAGAGAAGCCAGCAGAUCCUAUGACUUGGCUUGCUGACUGGUUGAUUGAACACAACCCUAAUAAACCCAAGCUACAACAUCAAAUCACUGAAGAAGAGCAUCGGGAGUGAAAAACAUCACUCAGUGGAAACCAUCUCAAGCAUUCAAAUUACAUAUGUAUAUUAUCGUUGGCACUGUAUCCCUUGCCUAUACAAUUAAUAUAAUCUGAAGUAAAUGUUGUCUUAACUACCCAUGUCUUUAUGGGAUAAACCUUUCAGUUAACAAGGAUUUAACAGUUGUAGUAGCUUUUCUGUUGACUUGGAGAAUGUAGAAUUACAUGAUAAAUUUACUGUGUCAGGUGAUUAGAAAAAGAUGAAAUGAUCUUGUAGUGUUACUUAUACUGCUGCUUUCCCCAGUCAUGUUGUUUUGUCUGUUUGGGGAAAACAAAAUUAUUUAGGCCACUGCAGAUUCCUAAAUGACAUACAGCUGGCCUAUCCUUUGUGAAACUGCGACUUGUUUCCAGCACUUGUUAAGAGCUGCAAAUCCCAUUAUGAAGGAGAGGUACCUGAAUGUAACUUAGAAAACAGUUACUGGCAUCAUAUUAGCAACUUGAAAAUUUGGUUGUUGGUUACAUCACCGAGCUAUGGUCACUCUUACAGAUGAUUCACUCAAGACUGAUGUAUUUUGUCAGAAUACAAUCUGAAGGCCUUAAUUAAAGCUACAUUGAAUGUACAUUUCCUAUCUCGACAGAAAAAAAAAAAACACAGUUGUUAUAAAUCAGUCUCAGAUUUCCAUUAGAAGUCACAAGAAGGUUUACUUUAGUCAAGGACUAAUGAUACCUUCCUACAUUUGUUUGAAGAAAGGUGUUUAAUUGCAACAGCUCACCUUAAGGGUGUUUUUUGUGUUCUACUGCACUUAAAAGGUCUGCCGCUUUCUGUUGUUUUCCUUGUAUUGUUGGUUACACUUGGACUUUAAUGUGUUCUGUUUGAGAAUUUCAAGAGAAUGGGUUAGGGGCCGGGUUGUUCAACGGACAAUGUGUUAAUCAUGAGCUAUUAUCUAUUAUUAAUGUAAUUGGACUGUUUUUUUUUGGGGGGUGAGACAUGCUUGGGGGGCUUUUCUGUUUUCUUAAGUGUUGCCUUUGCGCUGUUAACUUCAAGGUUUGCAUCCUGUGGCUUUCCUGCUUUGCAUGGAGAAAACGAUGUCGUUCUCCCAACUCUGAAAUAUUAGUAUUCUUGACUAAUACUAAAUAAAUAAACAACUUCAUAGUUUAUUUUAUGACAAGCCUUGCUUGAUUAAUUACCAGAAACAUUAAACUUUUUUUUUAAAGCUAAUUGUUUAUCUUUUCAGUGGAGUAAAUGACUGUUGCCACCCCAAAGAAUAAACAUACAGAAAAGCAAUCCCUACAAUAGUGAGAUCUACAAGUCUUGAAACUCUUAAGAGUUUUUUUUUUUUAAAAAAAAAGAAAAGCCCAAACCCUCAAAUAUGAAGAAAAAAGAAAGAGGUUGUUAGAAAUUCUCUGAACAGAUCUCUUUAUAACUAAUUUCUUUUGCCUACUAUUAUUGUUCCCUAUAAGUGUCUGAUUGCUGCAAUUAUAGGACAGUUGUGCAUUGUUGUUUCCUGUCAGCCAAACCAAAAAAUUCCUCUUUUGAACAAGACAGAAACUAAAAUUCAGUGAAUUCACAAUGCAUUCUCCUUCAUUUUUUGUCAGUUAUGACGGUAUUUGCUUCCUUAUUUGAUGUGUUGCAGCUUGACAAUAAAUAUCUCCUUUAAGUUA